AUGUCUGACCAAAACGUCUGCAAAGCUGGUUUCACUCCCUCCGGGAUCGCAGGAGGAUCACUUGCUUCAUCCAUGAUGUCCCAAGAAGCCAGAGCGUCAGGGGGAGGCGUGCAUUCUGGAGGCCCUACCGCUACUCUCCAAGAAAUGGGUGCCAGAAACUCAACCCAUUCAUCAGGUUUUACCAGCAGCGGGAUCUCUGGUGGAUCCCUUGCCUCCCAGAUGAUGUCCCAGGAGGCCCAAUCCCAUGGAGGUGGAACUCCCAGGGGCGGUACAACUUCCACUGUGCAGUCCAUCUCCAUGGGGGGUAAAGGAGGAAGGCACUGA